CUAGGACAGGGAUACUGCAUCCAAGUUUAAUAACACCACGAGAAUUAGCAAAACAUCUAACAGAAAUCAAAUUAAAACUACCUAUAAAUUUAAAUUUGCCAAUGGGCACGGACCCAAGUGAAAUUUACGAACUAAGUAAAAUAACAAAAAUGGCAGUAUUUUAUAGCGGGGAUAAUAUUGCGUUUGUAAUAAAAAUACCUUUAGUAACCGAAUUGGAACUAACACUAUACAAAAUAUUACCAAUACCUCACCCAAUAGAAAUAAAAACUAACGGGGUAAUCGAUACAAAGCAUAGUAUAAUUAUUAAACUAGAAUUUCAAUAUGUAGGCAUUACCAAAAAUCGCAAACAGUACACUACGUUCACGGAAACACAGUUACUGCAAUGUACCGAAACAGAACUUUUUACUAUUUGUCCCGAAUUUCAACCUAUUCAACACAAAUCAGUUAAGCAACCAUGCGAGAUUUCAUUAUUUAAAAAUCCAGACACACUACCGAGUAGUUGUGAAACAGGAAUAGUAAUAUUAUCGAAAAACGUUUUUUAUAAAUUAAAAUAUGUAAAUGUAUGGAUAUACACAACAAACGGGGAGACUUUAACAAUUGCUUGUCAAGGGAUAAACGAACCAUAUAUAGUUAAAAUUAAAAACCAAGGGUUAAUUAAAUUAAACCAAAAUUGUAGAGCUUAUGGUGAAAACAUUAUUUUAAAUCCUACUAGAGACAUAAGAUCAAAAUAUUAUGUUAAUUUCAUACCACAGAUAGGUGCGGGAAAGUUAACAUUCGAGAUACCUGAUAAAAUAAAAAACCUACCAGACAUGAAAUUUACUUAUGACACAAAUAAAUUAGAUAGCGUGCAUAMCAUGGCUAAAUCGUUAAAUGAAGUAGAAGGUUUGAUAGACGAGGAAAUUUUAAGACUAUCAGGUCACGAAGUAAAUGACAAUAAAUAUUUGUAUUUAAUAUAUAUAACGAUCGGUACAGUACUAUUUUCUAUGAUGUUAAUAUUAUUCAUAUAUUUAACAUAUAAAUGUAAAUGGGGUAAUUGGGAAGCAUAUAGAAAAUCACGUUACGGAACAGAUAGAGAACCAAGAACUAGAAGUAAAUUCUAUAUGGAAACCCCAUGUGCAGAAAUAAAAGAACAUACAAAUGUGAGUCCACUUAUGGAAAAUAAAAAAGUAAAAAACGAUCCACCAAUGAUAAAAUGUUAA